CCGCGGCAACAUAUCUGCUGCAUUCCAAAAGCCCCGAGCAGGUUGGAAAACACCGAUGAAUAACCCGAUAGGUAAUGAUCUAUCAAUUAUUAUUUACAACCAAGCAAGAGUCCAAAUUCAAUUAUAAAUCAAACUCAAGACCCUGCUCUAGAUCCCCGGAACAAUCCAAUCAAAUAUUUUCUAUCCCGUUAGCACGCCACCACAUCACCACUCCAAGCAAUACAAUGCGCAUCAUCGAGAUUGGAUAUGUAAUUCUCCAAAUGCUAAAAUCAACUUCACAGGCUAGGGAAAUUUAGAACCCGUACUUAUCUCAUGGUUGCGACCAUAGCCUUCAUACGUUAAAUCGCCGGACCACUGAGAAGGCAUGGAAUAACGGCCUAGGUAUUGGUGCUGGGUAUAUCAAUAGUUCAGUCUCAACUAGAUUUAGAUGGCACCAGGAAAGAAAGUUCUCAUUGUCGGACCAGGAUUCAUCGGAUGGGCCGUGCUUGAACUAUUAGCAAAGGAGAACUAUGAAGUCACCGGGUACGUCAGGAGGAAAGAACAUGCGGAUCAGAUCAAGGCCUCUGGGGCCACAGAUACGGUGCUUGGUGACCUAAACGACAAGACAUUGAUUACGAAACACGCGUUAUCCCAUGACAUUGUGAUUCACACGGCCACUGCAGACCACCUCCCAAGCGUGGAAGCUAUCUUGGAAGCCGUCCAGCAGCGGGCCGAAAAGGGGCUGAGCACAAUCUAUAUCCACACUUCCGGAACGUCCUUGAUAGAUGACGGGGCAGCAGGGGCCUAUAAGGGAGACAAAGUGUACCACGAUAACAUCGUCUCUGAGAUAGACUCCGUUCCUGACAAUGCGCCGCAUCGCCAAAUAGACCUUGCUAUUGUCAGAGUCCAAAAGAAGUUAAAGGAGAAAGCUAAGAUCGCCAUUAUGAUCCCGCCCACUAUCUACGGCUACAACCCGCACCACGGACGGCUUUCGAUCCAGAUCCCGGUACUCACCCGGUACGCUCUUAAGCACGGGUAUGCGGGAUACGUAGGCGCUGGCCUCUCCGUCGAGAGCAACAUCCACGUGAACGACUUGGCGAGAGGAUAUGUCACGUUGCUGCACCACCUGGAGUCAACACCAGCGAGCAGCCCCGAUAUCCUCGAGAACCCGUACUACUUUUGCGAAACGACAGGAGACAACGAGCCGAGCUGGAAGGACAUCGCGUCACUCAUCGGAACGGAACUCCACAAGGCUGGUCUCAUCCCUGACUCGAAGACACGCACGAUCCCGCCCGAGAACUACGGAGACCUGUUCAUGGACUUCACGCCCGGUACAGUCGGCCUUAAUAGCCGUAGCCGAGCUGUGCGGCUCCGCGAGUUGGGGUGGAAACCCGUGGAGAAGAGCUUGAGCGAGAGUUACAUACAGGACGAGCUCCCGGUGAUUUUGAAAGAGGAUGUGGAUCGCAAGGCUUUUGAUGGAUACCACGGGGUGGUUGCUAGCUGAAGUGGUUAGACUAAUAUGAGUUUGUUGC